GACCCUUACUGCUGCCACCAGUGGGGCCCUGCGGAGGAGCUGAGCCAGCUGACCCUCCCUGCCCACCGCACCAUGAACCCCUGCCCUCUGUACGAUGCCAACAGCGGCACCGUUUUCCUCUUCUGCAUCUGCGUGCGGCGCCGCGUCUCCGAGUGGCAUCAGAUCUUGGUGGGACGCAGCGCGGCGCGGCUCUGCUGCUCCUCCAGCCCGGACGGCGGCCUCACCUGGAGCCCCCUGCGCGAUCUCACCCACGAAGCCAUCGCCUCCGACCUGCCCUACUGGGCCACUUUCGCCGUGGGGCCGGGCCAUGGGGUGCAGCUGGACUCGGGUCGCCUGGCCGUGCCGGCCGACGACGGCGGACGGAGUUGGCAGAAAGGUUCCCUGCUGCGGGGCAUGAGGACCGGAGAGUGCCAGGUGGCUGAGAUCGCUGCCGAGGAUGGAGGGAGGCUGCUUUACUGCAGUGCCCGUCGGCCGUGCCGCUGCCGGGCCGUGGCCGUCAGUGCUGACCGUGGGCAACGGUUCGGCCUCCCGGCGAGGAGCCCGGCGUUGUGCGAACCACCGCAGGGCUGCCAGGGCAGCGUGGUCAGCUUUGUGCCCAGCACCAUUGGGUGUCCUGUAGGCACCGCUGAGAGCCGCAGCAGGGACACCCGACGUUGGCUGCUCUGCUCUGACUCAACCAACCAGCGCCUGCGAUGCCGUUCAGGCAAUGAGAGUCCCAGCAGGGACACCCAGCGUUGUCUGUUCUGUGCCACCAGCCCUGAAAGUCCCAGCAGGGACACCCAACUCUGCUACCAUCCAACCAACCAGCAACAACACUGUGAUUUAGGGCUCCACGUCCAUACCACACCGCCCAGUGAGUGUCCUACAGGCACCGCCAGCACCGAGAGCCCCAAUGGGGACACCCAGCAUCGGCUGCUCUGCUCCAACCCCACCAACCAGCUCCAGCAAUGUGAUUUAGGGACUGAGAGCCCCAAUGGGGACACCCAGUGUCAGCUGCUCUGCUCCAACCCCACCAACCAGCUCCAGCAGUGUGAUUUAGGGACUGAGAGCCCCAAUGGGGACACCCAGCGUUGGCUGCUCUACUCCCACCCCACCAACCGGCGCCACCGGCGCGAUUUAGGGCUCUACGUCAAUACGGCGCCGCCCAACGAGGGGGGCUGGCGGCACCCAAGGGUGCUGCAGGAGGGACCUUGUGGGUAUUCUGACCUGGCCGUGUGCCCCGAUGGGGUCUUUGGGUGCCUGUUUGAGUGCGGGGAGGUCAGCGGCUGCGAGGAGAUCGCCUUCUGCCUCUUCACAUUGGGCACCGCGGGAGGUGGUGAAGGCAGCGAGAGGCCUUGCCUUGGGAAAGAACCCAUUUUUGGGGUUUUGUCCCCGAAGAGCAGCGGGGAGAAUUCAGAGGAAGAUGUGAGGGAUGCAAACCCAGCGGAGGAGAAGCAGCGUUGCAAGGCUUUUAAUUAAGACUUUCCUGUGAAUUGACUGACGCCCGUCGUCGGGUUGGCGAUGGUGUAGGAAGGAACUGGAUGUGACAGGACGUGAGGGGACAGCAGCACACUGCAGUGCCCAGAUGGAAUUAGAAAUGGACAUUUUAAGGGGGUGGUGGUGGGUUGGGGUUGGACUUGGGGGCUCAGAGAUCUUUUCCGACUUCAGUGAUCCUGUGAUUUUUAGCUGGGGAAAAGCCAAAAUCAGAGAUGAGUUACAAGUUCCUGACUCUUAUUAUGUGCCACCAGAGAAUAUUUCUCCUUUUUUAGAGUUUUUCCCCUGUUUUUUCCAUUGCCUGAUGCCUGCUCAGAGCCCAGCUCUGUCUGUCCAACCACAGGGGCAGACAGGCGGUGCCACAUCCCCAGGCUGGUGAUGGCAGCUCAGCGUGGGCCCACAUCCUUGUGCCAGCAGUGAAUAAAUCUCCAAAAGGAA